CUUCAGCUUUCCUCCUUUCCAUCUAUUCGCAGCCCAGUCUACGUCUGCAUGCUACUGUCCAGCAAUGCAGUUGUAACGAGAACAGGCAGCACACUCAAAGUGCAUGGGUUGAGCGACGCAGCUCCUCUCCUCGCUCCUUGUUGCCUCGACGCUAGCCCUAAACGGGUAGGCUGCCUAGCGACAGGACAUAUAUCCGCCACUCUUCCAUCCCAUCGCAUAUAUAACCAAAAGACAAAAUGUCGACGACUCAGGCGUCAUUCUACGCCUCCCCUUCCUCUAUCUCGCAUCGCCCUUCUUCUUCCCCUCCACCAGCACCAAGAAUGGAAGAAUACUCCCAACACCCAACACCCGCCCAACAAGAAGCGCAAGCCAUCCUCUCCCACCUCCUCACCAAACUACAAGACCCAGCCUCAAAGUACCACACACGGUAUGCCAAAUGGACAACCCGCCACCCUAAGCUCGAAGAAUUCUGCUUCCGCUGCGUGCGGCCCUCAGUCUGGACCUUCCUCUCCGCGGCCCCAACCUGGCCCGCCCUCAAAGCCAUCGGCGGCGACAUAAAAUUCCCCGGCCGCGCCAUCUACUUCGACGGCGUGCUCGGCCUGGACAAGCGCCCGCGCGUCUACAUCGGGCAAUCGACCAACACGCGCCUCCGCAUCGGGCAGCACUUCAACUUUCGCUACCGGCGCGACAAUCCGAGCUUGCACUACCAUGCGCUGCAGCACUCGUCGUACAAUGUUUUCGGCGUGUUGUGCGCGCUGCCGAGCCCGGGGAUGGGGAAUCAUACACUGCCCGGGAUGGAUUGUCCGGAUUUGCUGCUCAAUGUGCUGGAGAUGUGGAUGUGUCUUGUUUUCCGGAGUCUGCCGGAUGAGACGCUGGGGGAGUGGUUACCGAAUGGGGUGAAGAUAGAGGGCGGGUUCGGCGGGCUGAAUAUUGCGGCUCCGGUGGAUCAUGGGGAGAAGGAGAGGGAGUGGGUGGACUUGAGUGACUCGGACGACCCAUUGGUGCGGGAGUAUUUGGCAGCUGGAGAUAGUGUUGAGAAGAAGAGCAAGGAGGUAGGGUAUCAAGAGAGAAGGAGAAGGGUUGGGGAUGGGGAGCUCCUUGUGCAUGUAACUCCUGGAGCGCUGCUUGUACUUGGGGCUACGUUAUUUGUUGGGGUUUGGAUGUUGAACCGGAGUGCUCGUGCAAGGCCGCGGUGGAGGUGAGCUGCAACGGGAUGAGGAGAACGGCGCAUGAUGGUUUUGAUGGUGAUUCAUUUUGAGUAUAUCAAGUUCUCCAG